GUUUCUUCCCUUUCCCAUGCUGUACAAUAAGGUUAACGAUUUCCCUUGCCCCCACUGAAGCCGAGGCUCUCUAAUUAAGCUCCCCACUCCCUUCUGUCUAUGCGACUGCCGACGAUCCGAGGGCAGCAUCCUCCCCUAAGCCUCAGAGAGGCUGAUCAAAGCGAUGCGGGAGGGACUCUCCCUCCCAAAGAGGGGAGGGUGACAGCAGCGACAGCUCUGGCAGACAUCCCCCACCCCACCGGCUUUUGGCAUCUGUAGCGGGGCGGGGGGACGCUCCCAGCAGAGCCUCCCCGAGCACACGCGGAGGACAGGUCAACCAACGGCGCACAACGAUGGCCAGUAACGCCAGCUGUGACCCGCAGGCACAUGGAAAAGAGGUAGUUGGAUCCUCUUAGUGAGGUCAGCCCGGAGCUCUGCCUGUUGAGGACCGACCUUUGGAGGCAACACAUGAUGAAUGUGGCUGUGCCGAGCCCUGCUGCUCCAUGCUGAGCCGUGACGCCAAGCACAGACCUGCAGCUGGACUUACCCCAUGGCUCUGCUCCCAGGAGGAAAUGCUGUCUCUUCUUUGUGAUCAUCCUUCAGCUCCGAGAGUCUUCCAUUGGAAAACUGACGAGGAUCAAAUGGGUUGAGAGCAACGGGCCCUCCUUUUCUGGCAGAGGAUUCUUUGUUAUAUUUUGAAGUGCCAGGACAUCAAACUGUAAAUCCCUCCUUCCCACACUCCUAAUCUCCUGCAAACCACUCUCCAAGCCAACCAGACAGAGGAUUGGCCGUAACUGGAGUCCUGAAUGGCUGCAUUACUGAUCCCACGGAGGAACAGAGGGAUGAGGACUCGCCUGGGCUGCCUGUCUCACAAAUCAGACUCAUAUAAUGAUUUCACAGCUAUUCUUCCGGACAAGCCCAACCGGGCUUUGAAAAGACUGUCAACAGAAGAAGCAACGAGAUGGGCAGACUCUUUUGAUGUCCUUUUGUCCCAUAAAUAUGGGCUGGCUGCUUUCCGUGCUUUCCUGAAGACUGAGUUCAGUGAGGAGAACCUGGAGUUCUGGCUGGCCUGCGAGGACUUCAAGAAGACCCGCUCGGCAGCCAAGCUGGCAGCCAAGGCACAACGCAUCUUCGAGGAGUUCAUUGACGUGCAGGCUCCCCGUGAGGUGAACAUAGACUUCCAGACGCGGGAGCUGACGAGAAGGAACAUGCAGGAGCCCUCCCUCUCCUGCUUUGACCAAGCCCAGGGGAAAGUGCACAGCCUGAUGGAAAAAGACUCAUACCCCAGGUUCCUGAGAUCCAAAAUUUACACAGACCUGCUGUCUCAAACUCAGAGGAGGCUCAGCUAGAACAGCAACGGGGCCCGUGUGCUUCCCACAACAGCAACAACCCAUCUCUAAACGUGAAACUUCCAUGGGGUUAAAGGCAGCGGGAAUGAGAGAGGAGGGAGGAGGGGAAGCUUCCAAAGCAUGACCCUGACGUGCUGUCAAGACUUUUUGAGUUUCUCUGCUUUAUUUGGUUAGCAGUAGCACCUUGCAGCUGUUGCACGCAAUGGUAUCCUCCCUGCUCAUGGGGCCUGAGGCUGCAGGGAGGGAGAGAGAAGGCAAAGGCACCUGAGUUGUGCUGCUUCCCAGGGUAGAAACCAUCAGCAAACUCAGCUCCCUUCCCACUGUGCUUGCACACUGUGUGAUACAACGGUCGCUCCGCACCCCUCUUAUGCUUAUCUUCAUGGGAUGGAGGCUGAGUGUUGUCUUCGAGCUGCUGCCAAGGAGCAGAGUGUUUCUCAUGAGGAAGAUUAUCCCAAAAGCUCCUGCUAGACCCAGUCCUCCAAGGCACAUGAUUGCUUUUCAUUGGUAUUAUUUGUUUGUACUGUAGUUCAGCCUCAGGGCUCCUGUCGCCAUUCAGGCUCCGUUGUGCUAGGCACCAUACCAGAACCCAGCACAAAGAGCACCAGGGACAUACAUGGCCUCGGUGGAUCCUUCUACCAGCUAUUAGGAAAGGGUUGGGAAAAGGGAUGUCCCAUCUACCCCAUACUGAGGUGUUAGAAAAGCACAAGCCCCCUCUACCGUGCUAGAUAUCAUUUGUGACUGUAGUACUCGACCAAGCUCGUGACAGGGAGACAUGAUGUGAAAACCACAAUCUUAUUUUUGCUCUUAACUGUUGUUCCCUACUGAUUGUCCUCUGUGGGUUCUAUGCAAUGCAAAGAAAUCCUAAAGACACAGACCCUGCUGCAUGGUUCUUGCAUACAAACAGUGAGCAGGACGGCUGCCUGGGCUCAAAGUGAUGUGCAAGGUGUGUUUCGGCCCUGCUCCACGGCUCAGAUAACAGCUGCAGGAGGAGGCUCUGCAGAUGUCGGUUGUGUAACCACACCUCUAUGCUGUGCAGUGAUGCUGACUGCCUACAUGGCUUUGCUUUCCCAGCUUAUCAGCUGUCGCAUUCCUGCAGUUAUCUGGUGGGGAAGCAGAUCGACAGCCUGUCUGUGGACUUAAGCCUGCAGACCAGAGGUCUGUUUUUCUGGUUUUAUGAAGGUCUGGACAGUAACCUCGUGGAUCUUCCCCUUCUGUUGUUUAUCAAAGGCUGUAAAGCUCCAUUCUGGUUUAGAGUGGUGGGUAGGUCUGCAUCAGAAAUGAUGCAGAGAUGAUGAAGGUUUAAAUGUGGUGUAAGCUGGGUAGACUAAAUUCUGAAGCUCUACAUCAUGCUUGGAGUGAGAUGCACAGAGUCUGCUUGCGUGCUAGAAGUCAACAGUAUGCACAGUGGGUAGUAAAGAGGUGUUAAAGGGUUUAGUAGGGACAGAUAGGUGCAUGUCAUGAUAGGGAUGAUUAGUGCCAGGUACCCUGAGCACGGCAGGAGGUGAUGUGAGCUGCCUGCCAGUGCUUCUCCUGAAGCUGGUACACCUCUGAGUGGGCUUGGCUGAUGCUGACCUCUAGUGCCAGCAGAGGCAGCCAGAUUUUCAGCCAAGUGCCCAUUGCUGCCAUGGUCACAGGCAUCCAGGUGGGGAGGAAACAUCAGAACCAAACGUUUCUAUCUAGAAAUGAGGGCAAGAAGCUCAGAAGCGAGGCCAGUGCAUCUUUCUGUGUGCUCCUCCAGACUCAGGGCUGGCAUCCUCAGCAGCACGUGCCAGAAUCCAUCAGCAAGCUUCAAAGCGAUCCAAGCCCAAUGAAACCCCAACUGUUCUCCUUCCCCCAUCCACAUAGGGAAGUGCUCUGAGCAGGCGUGCUGAGACGGCCUUGCUGCAGUUUGUGAUGGGAUUUGUUUCCCUGAUGAUGUAGUUUUUCCCCUUCACCCGGUGCCAGAUAGCAUCCCAAUAGGAAGUGUCUCAGGGUGUACAGUGGAGCAAAGGUAUUCUCUGAGGUGUGUGAGUCUGGCAUGGUUAUUUUUGCUGCUGCUCUUACAAUUUGUCUCUCUUGCAGGAAAGCAGCCUGGUUAUUUAAAGUAAUUUUUUUCCCCCUUUCUUUUUAAGAAGAAAUUGGCACCAGCUGCUGCUUUUAUGCCAAAUGUCAGUCUGAAGUGAAUUAAAAUAGGCAACUUCUAUCUCUUCCUCUUAAACCAGGGGCUGAUUAAGGAAAUAGUGACAGAGCCAAAGCCUUGAAAAGCACUGAAUGAUGACUAAUCCCCAUCGAGGACAAAUACCCUGUCUUUGAUUCAUCUCCCACUGAAGUGGAAGGAAUAUUCAUACCUCACAAACCCCCCUUUUCCCUCUCCACAGGCACACACCUCCAAAAACUCGCUCCUGUUUCUUGUCAUGUCAGAGCACCAUCACAUGAAGGGAGGGGAAAAUAAAACUGUGCCAGUCAAGUCAGCUCUUUUGGCUUUAUGCUUGUGCUGGUGUGACCUUUCCCCAUGUUAUAGACUGCAGACCUGAAAUCCAGGUGGGGAUGCAGGACCCAAAUCUGCUCCAAGUUCUCCUGCUGUGGCUGCCAGCCAAGCUGGGGGUUAUUUCCAUCCCUUUUACGUCUCAGUGCUCUGAUGGGUCCCUGCCUUCCACGCUGAGAGAGCGUGAAGGGCAAAGUCCCAUGAGUUUAGCACAGGAGGGAAAUGGGGGUGUGGGUAGGUGAGAGUGCAUGUCAAUUUGUGUCUGUGUAACCUCGUGUCUCCUUCUAGAGAAGCUUUUCCAAGACAUAAAUCUGCAUGAUAAAAUAGGAGAAUUAGGCAUCAACAGCAUACAAUGAGAUUUUAGUGGUGUUGUGCUUGCCUCUUGUGUAGGUUUGACUAGUAAUAGGAGAUGUAAACUCUGCUAGACUUCCAAUUACCCAUAAGAGCACAUGUAUCAAACUGAACUGAAUGUUCACCGUUAGAAACAAAACCAAAAUGUUUACAGCAUUCAGAGCAAUAGCAAAGCAUACCUCAUGCCAGCCCUGGAGUGCCUCUUGCUCAUCACUGUGGGCCUCCAGCUUCUCCCCCAAAACCCCUCUCUGGUUCUCAGUCCUGUCCCUGUGGCCGUCCCUCCCCUUCCUCACCCUCACCUGAAGCACUCCUGUCCAUGCCCUUCCCUUCUACCAUACAAGCCUGGCUCAUGCUGCCUCCUGUUUGCUCUUCUCCUCUGGGCUCUUCUCGUCCCCAUGCCACGCUGUGUGCCCACUCGUGCUCCACGUGCUGCUGGGUGAGAUGGAGCUGGGCUGCACCUGGUGCUCGCUGCUGGGCUGCUCCAGCACGGCUGCAGCUGCGUUUCCUCUGAGCUUCCUGAUUAAACAAAACAAGAGUGUAAAUAAAGGUGUAUUUGCUCAGUGAAGUCGGUUGUUCUGCUCCAUGCUUCCUCUUGGCUUUACUGGAAGGAUGCUUCUCUGGUUUGAUGCUCCAGUAAAUUCAGUGGGAGUGCAGGGAAGUGAGUGGAUGGGAAGGAGGUGGCAGAAGGGAUGAACUUAGUGCAGAAAAAACAGAGCUUAAAAACCACUGUCCAACUGAAAAGUAAUGGAGGGAAGGAGGCAUCUGUGGGAUGCUGGUAAUUAAAGAGCUCUCCCUGGGGUGGGUCCCCUUCCCUUAAUUGCCAUGACUGAAGCGUCUCUUUCCCUCUCUCUACAAGCAAAACCCAUCAGACACUCAGAGUUCAGACUUCUCCUUAAGCUCCAUCUCCUAUGGGAUGACAGCCUCAAGGACCAGACCCCAUCACCAAGCACUGAGCAAGGAGUGGUGUAUGAUGUGUGCUCUUCAGGAAACAUAACUGUGAGUGGUUCAGAGGAGGUGUGGAGGGGAAUGAGCGUAUGGGGUGACUUCAGAACAGGGCAGAAAAACUCUUUUCAGGUGUUCCCUGUGCUAUGUUUUUAUUUUAAUAAGUCCUGAUGCUGAAACUGCCUCCGCUGUGUCUGGGAGCAGUGGUACCACUGGGUGAUGGAGCUGCUUGAGCAGGACAUGGGGGUUCAGCUUGGUUCUUUCCCUAUGGGGAAAGCAUGGGUUUGGGUUCAGUUGGAUCUCCCCUAUUAACUUCUUAUUAGCUUCUAAGGUCACAUCCCUCAUUAGCUGGAGGGACUCCUCACCCCAUCAGCUGUCUGAACAGACCACAUCCCCACUGAGCCACGUCACCACACUGCAAAGUAUUGUUCACCUUUACUGUAUAGGCAUCAUGAGGAUGUGAAAUAAACAGCCUGAGAACUA